AUGACUACUAAAGAAUUAUUGACAUGGAAAUUAGGAGUGAUUUUAAGUUUUGGUGUGACAAUUGCUGGUGUAAUUGUGUUUUGGGAUCAAGUCAAAAAAACUUUUAAUAUUAUAAAUGACAAUAAUACCAUCAAGAAGAAUAUUAAUAAAAUCAGUAAAUUGGAAAAUAAAAAAAAUAAAAUAAAGCGCGUAGUUAAGACUGAUGAAAUAAUUGAGGAAUUACCAAAUCCUCGAUGGGUUAAAAUAGGAAAAAUAAAGGAACUGUAUUAUUAUCCACUUAAAUCAGGCCGUGGUAAAGAACUUACAGAGUGUAACUUUACUGAAUAUGGAAUUGCUGUUUGUGCUGAUACUCAAUGCUGUAUUACAUUAAGAGAUAGAAUGUUUAUGGUUUAUAAUGAAGAAACUGGUAAAUUUAUAACCGGAAGAAAUUAUCCAACAUUAUUGUUAGUAAGUAUUUGUGCUGUCGACAAAUCAAAAGUUAAACUUGGAGCAACAGGUAUGACUCAUUAUAUUUUUGAAUUACCUAAAGAUAUCGAUAAUACGGCGGUUGAUUGCACAAUGUGGUGGGGUGAACCUGUUAAAUGUAAUGAUUGUGGAGAUGGACCUGCUCAAUGGAUUUCUCAGUUUCUAACUGGAACAAAUUCUGGCCUGAGAAUAGGUCUAGCACUUGAUACAAUAAACAAUAACAGUAGGAAUAUUUUAGAAGGUCCUUGGGAAAAAUUUACUAAAGUUUAUGAUACUUUAACCAAUGAUGAUGUUGGUUUGUUUGCUGAUUUAGCGAGCUACAUGGUUAUGACUGAGUCUUCGUUGGAGGAGCUCAAUAAAAAACUAGAAAACAAAAUUUCAGCACUCCAAUUUAGACCAAAUAUUGUUGUCUCUGGUACUGAAGCUUUCGAGGAAGAUAACUGGGAGUGGAUUAAAAUAGGUUCAAGUGUUAUUUUAAGGAAUGUUAAACCUUGUCCUAGAUGUACUAUGACACUUGUAAACCCUGAAACUGGAAAGGUUGAUGACAAACUAGAGCCUUUAAAAACUCUGAGGACAUUUCGUCAGCAGAAAAAUAAAGAUCGAAUAUCUGUGGAUGGAAAAGCUCCGAUUUUGGGAAUUUAUUGUGGUCUUUAUUCAAUAGGGAAUGUUAAAAUCGGUGAUGAUGUUUUUUUACAUCAACCCAUCUCUGUACGCACAACAGUAUUAUAA